UCAGAAAGGGAGAGAAAAGAGGGAAGAGAGGCGCUCAUUACUCACUAGGUGGUUGGCUCUUCUCGCCACCCUCUCAGCGACGCAGACUUUCUCGCUCGCACAUUCAGCCCAGACCACAAAGCAGAAGUGGAACGAAGACCUUCAGCGUCUGCGGGCGGCGAUGGCUCAGGGCUCUGACAGCAACGACACCAGCUACAAGUCUCCAUCACCUGGCAGCCGGCCGAGCUCCUCGGAUGACGUAAAGAAGGUGAUGCGGCGGGAAAAGAACCGGAUCGCUGCCCAGAAGAGCAGAAUGAGGCAAACUCAGAAAGCGGACAGCCUUCACUUGGAGAGUGAAAACCUGGAGAAGGAGAACGCCGCCCUCAGGAAGGAGGUGAAGCAGCUGACAGAGGAGGCCAAGUACCUGUCCUCGGUGCUGAGCAGCCACGAGCCCCUGUGCACCAGCCAGGGCGCUCAGACCCCCGAGCUCCUCUACCCUCCCCUCCACAGCAGCUACCACCAGCACAUCGCCGUGCCACACUACCAGCACUGACUGCCGCUGACCUCUGAGGACAGAGACUGACCGGAGAUUACGGGCGUCCGUUAAACAGCAACAUGCAAUAUUCAAAACUAUUUAUUUUGCUUGUGUUCAUCUCUUUGAUUGUGAAUCUGUCUGUGAACCUAAAGGCUCCAUAAGCUGAAGUGUCAGCCCGUCCAUGUUUACAAGAAGAGGAAGAGCCAGCUUUGCGCUGGGGGGGGAUGGCACAGGUCCCUUUAGAUGGCUGAGUCCCAGCAGCCUUUGCCAUCCUGCCAUGUUCGUGUUUCUACUGUGUUCUACUGUGUUCUACUGUGUACAUGUCUCAAUGCUCAGGAGCUUCUGACAGACUUGAUUGUGGACAAAGAGAAUGUAAAGUUGAGCUUCUAAAGGCCUAAAUGUACCAAAAAGUUCAAGAUGGAAGUGAAGGAGGAAGUGGGCAUUUCAUUUCAAAAUAAGAGUGCAGCAAAUGUAUUUAUUAAACGUGAUGUUUUGGAGGUGACGU